AUGCCAGCUCCAUUAGUCAAAGAGUCGACCGUCGAUGUCCUGGUCAUCGGUGCUGGCCCAGCUGGUCUGAUGGCAGCCAAUGCACUAGGCCGGGCUGGAGUCAAUGUCCGAAUAAUCGACAAGAGGCCCAAGAAAGUCGCGGCCGGCCAGGCGGACGGUAUCCAACCUAGAAUCAUAGAAGUCUUCCAUAGCUAUGGUCUCGGUGAACGUCUUCUUCGCGAAGGCUGUCGCCUGCACAUGGCAGCGUUUUAUAACCCAGGGCCAGACGGUGGUAUAGAGCUUACCAGCCGUGCGAGAAAUAUCUCAGCCGCGACAGCACGGUUCCCAUUCGCCCUAACCCUGAACCAAGGGGCUAUUGAAUCAAUCUUCCUAGACUCCAUGCGAGCCAUGGACCUGCAAGUGGACAGACCUAUCGUACCCAGCUACCUAGAGAUUUCAUCCGACGAGGCAGAAUUACAGAAUCCGCAGUCUCACGCGGUGAAGGUUGUAUUGCAACAUCUGGACGCCGAGCAAAUCGUCGAAGAGACUGAGAUUGUGAAGGCAAAGUACUUAAUCGGAGCGGACGGCGCGCACUCGUGGGUGAGGAAACAAUUCCCUAUUACUAUGGACGGCGAGCAUACCGACUACGUAUGGGGCGUCGUUGAUUUAAUCCCUGACACGGACUUCCCGGAUAUCCGUAAUCGCUGUGCAAUUCACUCCAACAACGGUUCCUGCAUGAUUGUUCCCCGCGAAGGAGACCUGGUCCGCUUAUAUCUGCAGCUAACGGAUGACAACCUAAAGCGCGUCACGAACCCAAACACUGGUAAACCCGACAUUAGCUACUGCAAUCCUCAGCAGCUGCUGGAGGUGGCUAAGAAGACAUUUUAUCCGUAUCGGAUUGAUGCCGAUGGCGAAGUCGGCUGGUGGACCCUGUACAUCAUUGGUCAACGUGUGGCUUCACAAUUCUCGAUCAAUGACCGGGUGUUUAUUGCUGGUGACGCUUGCCACACUCAUUCCCCGAAAGCCGGUCAGGGCAUGAACGCUAGCAUGAAUGAUACUCACAACCUUGCAUGGAAGCUGAGUCACGUACUCCGUGGCUGGGCACACCCGUCACUGUUAAAGACUUAUGAAUUCGAACGUCGCCGAUAUGCCCAAGAUUUGAUCAACUUCGACAAGACAUUUGCCAGGUUGUUUUCCAAUAAGCCUCGAACAAAGGACAAUCAGAACGGUGUGACACACGAAGAAUUCGUCGAUGUCUUCAGCAAGGCUGGGGGUUUCACGAGUGGGAUCGGCAUUCACUACAACGAGUCUCCGAUAGUCAACCCCACGUACCAGUCCUUGGUGGCCAACGUGGUCGUCGGGGAACGCAUGCCGCCCCAAACCAUCAUUCGGGUGGCCGAUUCGUGGCCGUUCGAGCUUCAGGACCUCCUACCUGCUGACACGCGAUUCAAGGUUGUGUUCUUUACUGGGGACUAUAUGAAUCCGACGCAAAGAGACAAAGUCCUGGAAUUAGCAGAGAAAUUGAACCAGCCGGAGAGUUUCUUGCGGAAAUUCACUCCCAAGGGCGCUCGCUCGGGUGACGUCUUCGAUUUAUUGACCAUCGCCGCCUCGAAAAAGGAGCAAGUCACUUACACCGAUUUCCCUAAGGUCUUCAGGCCACAUUGGUCAAAGAUAUAUACCGACGACGUCGAUUUCUCUGGCAAGGUCGGCGGAAAGGUGUAUUCCUCCUUCGGUGUGGGUCCUUCCGGUGCUAUUGUGGUCGUCAGACCCGACCAAUAUGUCGGUAUGAUAUCACCUCUUGACAAAUUCUCCGCCCUAGACGACUACUUCUCGUCAUUCAUGACACGGCCGGCCCCUCUAUAG